AUGUUAUCCGACUGUUUGCUCAUUAUUGCGAUCGCUUUAUGUACGGCCUUAGCGGGAGAAGGUUUGACCUAUCUACUAGUUUACCGGUCUGAACAAUACAAACGUCUGAAAUCUGAAAUGGAGCGCAAAACGAAAAGGCUAGAGAAAAAGAAGCAAGAGGUAGGCGAGGCUGUGGAUAAAAACGCAAAGAAACGACUGGAGCGUGACGAAGAACGACUGAAGGCGACGAACCGAGACAUGUCGAUGUUCAAAAUGAAGUCAAUGUUCGCUAUCGGCUUGGCGUUCACAGCUUUGUUGUCAACGUUUAACUCAAUAUUCGAUGGCCGUGUUGUCGCACGCUUACCUUUUGUACCAAUAGGAUUUCUUCAAGGUCUUUCACAUCGAAAUCUCGUUGGUGAUGAUAUGCGGGACUGUUCCUUCAUCUUUCUUUACAUUCUCUGCACAAUGACGAUUCGACAAAACUUGCAAAAAGCGCUCGGUUUUGCCCCAUCCCGUGCAAUGAACCGCCAGCAAGGAAGUGCAUGGGCGCCUGCUCAACAACAGCAGUUCAACUAUUUCCGUUAG